GGGGCUGCAGCUGCGGGAGCAGGAUGGGGGGAAGAGAAGGGAAUUCCAACCUGUAGAACUUUGGGGGUCCUAUGGUCGGGUUCUUCCCCACGACUGUGGAUGGUGAAAGGGGUGGGGCCUUUGGCGGCUCCUGGGGGUACUGGAGUUCGCUGGGUGAGGGGAGGGGGUGUCAAGUGUGAGAGAGGUGCAGGACUUCCAAAUUUAGAACCUUGAGGCCCUUUGGGCUCGGGUCCAGGGCACUCCGGCCACCAUGCGCGACAGGACCCACGAGUUGAGGCAGGGGGAUAACAUCUCAGACGAUGAAGAUGAGGUUCGAGUCGCGCUGGUGGUGCACUCAGGUGCUGCCCGGCUGGGCAGCCCGGACGACGAGUUCUUCCAGAAGGUGCAGACAAUUCGGCAGACUAUGGCCAAACUGGAGAGUAAAGUCCGGGAGUUGGAGAAACAGCAGGUCACCAUCCUGGCCACGCCUCUUCCCGAGGAGAGCAUGAAGCAGGGCCUGCAGAACCUGCGAGAGGAGAUCAAACAGCUGGGGAGAGAGGUCCGGGCGCAGCUAAAAGCCAUAGAGCCCCAGAAGGAGGAAGCUGAUGAGAAUUACAACUCAGUCAACACAAGGAUGAAGAAAACCCAGCACGGAGUCCUGUCCCAGCAAUUUGUCGAGCUCAUCAACAAGUGCAACUCAAUGCAGUCCGAAUACCGAGAGAAGAAUGUGGAGCGGAUCCGGAGGCAGCUGAAGAUCACCAAUGCUGGAAUGGUGUCUGACGAGGAGCUGGAGCAGAUGCUGGACAGUGGGCAGAGUGAGGUGUUUGUGUCUAAUAUCCUGAAGGACACGCAGGUGACUCGGCAGGCCCUGAAUGAGAUCUCUGCGCGGCACAGUGAGAUCCAGCAGCUGGAGCGCAGUAUCCGAGAGCUCCAUGAGAUCUUUACUUUUCUAGCUACGGAGGUGGAGAUGCAGGGGGAGAUGAUCAACCGCAUCGAGAAGAACAUCCUGAGCUCAGCCGACUACGUGGAACGUGGGCAAGAGCACGUCAAGAUAGCCCUAGAGAAUCAGAAGAAGGCCAGGAAGAAAAAAGUCAUGAUUGCCAUCUGUGUCUCUGUCACUGUUCUCAUCUUGGCUGUCAUCAUUGGCAUCACCAUAACCGUUGGAUAAUGUCACAUGUUCUUGGCACUGGGAGAGACAGAGACCCAGCUUUUGUGGAGGUGGGGCAGGCCUCCAACUGAACCCGUCCGCACACUGGCCCUUGUGCAGAGGGCCUGCGGCUCAUCCUGGGUUGGCAGCUGCUCAUUCAUGGAGUCCUCCCCUGGAGUCCUCCCCUUCAGGCCACAAUGCCUGCGAGACAGUUUUCAAUGUCCUGUUUGUCCGGGAUACAUGGUUUUGUAAAAAAAUU